AAUUUUUAAUUGGGUAUUUGGAUUUCACUAUUUGCAAUAGUUUUUCCAAUCGGUUAUUUGUUACUUUAAUUUGUUGGAUGAGAAAAAGGGUAUUCGAAGCGAAACUAACUUUUGGAUGAGAGAGAAUUCUUCUAUUGCUUUUACAGCAAAGCCACUUUCUCCCUCACUUUCCCAGAAAACCCAUUUUAAGCACCUGAAAAUCCCCAAGUUUCAUAGAUUUUAAGGGUUGAUUUGGUGUUUAGGGACGGAAUUUGGAGGAAUCUGAACUGGGUUUUGCUCAUAAAUCUUGAUUGUUUUGUGGGUAUCUCUUCAAUUUUUGAACAAUUUCGUGGUUCUAGUUUUGUGAUCUUGUUUCCCUUUUGGGGUUUCUUUGUCUUAACCAGAUCUGUUCUUGAUCUUCACGCGACACGCCGCAAGACAUUCUUCUUGUUCUUGUCUGGUUGGAUCUUUGUCGUCUGCUUGUUUAACUAAUUUCUAGUGAAAUCUGCACUUGGGUUUUCUUUGGAGUGUGGAUUGUUUUGAAAUCUUGCGCCCUGAGAGCUGAGGGCUGAGGGCGUGAGUUUUUCUUUGGUGUUUUAAUGGCUUCCAGAGAAGGGAGGCGUCGCCAUCAUCAUCAUCAUAAUCUGGUGCCUCUUGCUGCUUUGAUCGGUAAAGAGGUGAGGAAUGAGAGAUUGGAGAAGCCGACUAUAAGAUAUGGGAGUGCUGCGCAGUCUAGGAAGGGGGAGGAUUAUUUUCUUAUGAUAACUGAUUGUCAGCGAGUACCUGGGAACCCUUCAUCCACUUUUUCUGUAUUUGCUAUAUUUGAUGGACACAAUGGAAAUGCUGCUGCAAUUUUCACCAGGGAACAUUUGUUGAGCCAUGUCUUAGGUGCACUUCCUCGUGGCCUCGGGCAGGAGGAGUGGCUUCAAGCUCUACCUCGAGCUUUGGUUGCUGGAUUUGUGAAGACGGACAAGGAGUUUCAAAGCCGAGGUGAAACUUCUGGAACGACAGCUACGUUUGUAAUCAUCGAUGGAUGGACAGUGACAGUAGCGUCGGUUGGAGAUUCUCGAUGUGUUUUAGAUACUCAGGGUGGUGCUGUCUCUGCAUUAACGAUCGAUCAUAGACUUGAAGAUAAUGUUGAAGAGCGAGAACGUGUGACUGCCAGCGGUGGGGAGAUCGGAAGAUUAAGCAUUGUUGGUGGUGCUGAGAUCGGUCCGCUCCGGUGUUGGCCUGGAGGCUUAUGCCUUUCUCGAUCGAUCGGAGACCGGGACGUUGGAGAGUUUAUAGUUCCGAUUCCAUUUGUUAAACAAGUGAAGUUAUCAAAUGCUGGUGGGAGGCUUAUAAUUGCUUCGGAUGGCAUCUGGGACGCCCUAUCAUCGGAUAUGGCUGCAAAGUCCUGCCGUGGACUACCGGCCGAGCUCGCAGCUAGGCAAGUCGUGAAGGAAACGUUAAGAACAAGAGGGUUGAAAGAUGAUACAACCUGCAUAGUUGUAGACAUAAUUCCUCCUGAUAACUCAGCUCAGUCUUCUCCUCCUCCAAAGAAACAAAGCGUUCUGAAAUCUCUAUUAUUCAGGAAAAAGUCUCACAGUUCUAAUAAGUUAUCGAAGAAACUAUCAGCUAUCGGUCUCGUGGAAGAACUAUUUGAAGACGGCUCUGCCAUGCUGGCUGACAGGCUUGGAAGUGUAGAGUUGAGCGGAUCAAGACAUGACACACCCAGCCUAUUCACUUGUGCUGUAUGUCAAGUGGAUCUUGCUCCAAGUGAGGGCAUCUCUGUUCAUGCUGGUUCCAUCUUCUCCACCAGUUCAAAGCCAUGGCAAGGCCCUUUCCUGUGUGCCGAUUGUCGAAACAAGAAGGACGCCAUGGAAGGAAAACGUCCGAGCGGGGUGCGAGUGGCGUAGAUUGAUCACUUCAUUGAUUCUUUCUCUACUUUGGAUCUAUCUAGCUCUACGGGGCGAGUAGGUCGUUAAAGAUAUAGUAUGCAAAGGAAGAUGCUUAAUAAGGAGUAGUACCCAUUAAAGUAAUAAGUAAAUAGCUAAUGUUACAAUGAGACUUUGACUAAUUCAGAAAUUUAAAAUUGUCUGUAUAUUACAAAGCUCUCUUUUUU